UUCAGGGUCGCUUCUCUCUCUCUCUCUAUCGCCCUCUAACGCUUUGACAACAUGGACUCCACGCACAGAACUCUCCGUCAUUCUCUCUCUCUUCUCUCUCUCUCUACAUAUCAAUUUUCAAGUCUCAAGAAAGAGCACCCUACAAUUCUGGACCCCCUUCCAUAUUGCUGUGCAAUUCUCAUUCUCUUUCUAUUUUCUCUACCCCGUUUCUUCUGCAUGUCUAUCAAGAUCUAUCUGGGGAGUGGAACUUGAUUUGGUCAUUGAUAUUAAGGAAUAAGACCUCAUUCUCUACACUAAACAAUAAGGCUUUUGCAAAUGCUAAAUUUUGGCAGGUCCAGAACUCAGCCAAGGGCAGCCAGAACUUCAUCAAUGGGAGGCAUGGAUUAUGUAGAUCCAAAAAGGAAGGGAAAUUUUGUUGGGAAAGUAUUUCUUGCUGCUGUAUUAACGACACUAUGCAUUAUCAUGAUCAAGCGAUCUCCAUCUUUGAAUUCCCCCAGUCCGUUUUCCAUCCAUGAACCUGGGGUCACUCAUGUUUUAGUAACGGGGGGUGCAGGCUAUAUUGGCUCACAUGCCGCUCUACGACUUCUGAAGGAUAAUUAUCGUGUCACCAUAGUAGACAAUUUGUCGCGAGGAAAUUUGGGUGCCAUCAGGGUUCUUCAAGACUUAUUUCCAGAACCUGGAAUGCUUCAAUUUAUAUACGCUGACUUGGGAGAUGCAAAAUCUGUUAACAAAAUAUUUUUGGAGAACAAAUUUGAUGCUGUGAUGCACUUCGCUGCUGUUGCCUAUGUGGGAGAAAGCACUAUGGAUCCUCUUAAGUAUUAUCACAAUAUUACAUCAAACACCUUGUUGGUAUUGGAGUCUAUGGCUAAACAUGAUGUCAAGACAUUGAUAUAUUCUAGUACAUGUGCAACAUAUGGGGAACCUGAAAAGAUGCCCAUUACAGAAGGAACAAAGCAGGUCCCAAUAAAUCCGUAUGGGAAAGCCAAGAAGAUGGCAGAAGAUAUCAUCCUUGAUUUUUCAGAAAAUUCGGACAUGGCAGUAAUGAUUCUGAGGUACUUCAAUGUGAUUGGAUCAGACCCCGAGGGAAGAUUGGGCGAGGCUCCUAGACCUGAACUGCGAGAGCAAGGUCGAAUAUCAGGUGCCUGCUUUGAUGCUGCUCGUGGUAUUAUACCUGGUUUAAAGGUUAGAGGAACAGACUACAAAACAUCUGAUGGAACUUGCGUACGAGACUAUAUUGAUGUAACCGACCUGGUUGAUGCUCAUGUGAAAGCUCUUGAAAAGGCACAAUCUGGUAAAGUUGGGAUCUACAAUGUUGGCACUGGAAAGGGUAGUUCAGUGAAGGAGUUUGUUGAAGCUUGUAAAAAGGCUACAGGGGUAGACAUUAAAGUUGACUUCCUUGCUCGCCGUCCUGGCGAUUAUGCAGAGGUCUAUAGUGACCCAACAAAGAUCAAACGCGAAUUGAACUGGACUGCAAAGCACACUGAUCUUCAAGAGAGUUUGAAGAUUGCAUGGAGAUGGCAGAAAUCUCAUCGUGACGGUUAUGGGAUUUCAAAUGCAAUAAUUUGAAUUAUUUAGAAUUCUAGCAUAGCAGAAGACUACAAGAACACCCCCACAGAGUUUAUGUCUUGCUGCACUUCUAUUGAUAUCUUAAAAGAGGGGUUGAGAUUUCAUUUUCCUUCUUUUUUCAGUCCAUAGUGAUUUGGUAUUGGGCAAUUUGUUCUUGGGGAGUUGAUAGUCCAUUCGUUACAUGUAUUCUCUAUAGAAAGACCACAUAAUAUGAUCCAAUAAUAUAAUGCUGAGGCUAUGGUAUUGAUGGCUAUU